AUGUCUCAACCGUAUCCUGAUUAUGAACUCAUCAAAGCAUUGAAUGAGAAUCUUGUUCCAUAUAACCUUCGACGAGAGGGAAUCAUUCCUCCGUAUUCGGUCUACGUUCAACUACAAAUCUCAUUUGGAGAUUCAAUCAAGCACGUCGAACGUUUAGAGUAUAAACAGUAUGUGUACAACGCGAUGAAAUAUUUGAUUUGGAAGUUUUUCACAGGAAGAAAGACUAUUUUGACUCAAAACUUUGGUUUUUACUGUGAAGAUGUUGUUCGUCUUCCACAAGAAAUGAAGAUACAUACCAAGAACUUACACCUCAAAACAUCGAAGACCAAUACGAUUCGAAAGCUCAAACCAUUUCUAGUCCCUGAAUGUUUCCCAUUGGAUUCAUUCAAGACGAAUGGGCGGAAUAUUGAAGUGAAUAACGACAUCAUCCGAACUUCCAAACUAUUACUGAUCACCGAUAACAGAGACUUAAAUUUGAGACAAAUAGAACACUCCAACAUCCGCCUCUUAGAUAUGAUGGCUGAUAGAAGUGAAUUUAUUGCAUUGCUCCGUCACUGGCUGGAGAAUAUACCCAGUGUUGGAACAUCAUUUUCCCUAAGGAUGGCUUUUCGCUAUUUAGCUGAAGAUGUUUUCAAAGAGCUUGAAAGAAAUCCAGUUGUAACAAUCCGGAAGAUAGCUAGACGAAGACGCCUCCACUUCCCACUGCAAGCUUUGAUUCCACUUCUGAUCUACAAAAACAUUCUAUUGCCAACCACCUCGGAUUCUGUUUUUGCACACAUAAAAAAAACUUAUACCAACUCGUACUUGUCAAAAUUUGAUUAA